GGGAAUAACGGCCUUGCGGCCCAAGUAACUACCUUGCAGCCCAAUUAGUAGCCCAAAACCGAACCCUAUAAUAAGGGCAAUUACAACGCUACUCUCGCUAGCGUAUCCAACACAAAGAAAAAAGGGACUUGGCAUUUCCAUUGAAAGGAUACUGGUAUAGACUAAGAUAAACUCAAAAGAGAGGGGACUCUUGUUUAUUGAGAGCCAAGGUUAUGGCAUCCUCUAAAAAUGAAGAAGGUGGUGGUGCUCAGGAUGCAGCAGAACGGAUUAAAGCUGCAGCCUUGUCAGCUGCUAAGGGUUUGAGUCGUGCUCAAGCUGAGCGUGCUGCUACUGCUGCUGCUAGAAAUGUCAAUGCAUAUGGCCAGAAGGAAGAAGGACCCAGUCGAUGGCAGGAAAGAAAAGAAGCUAAGAGGCAGAUGUAUUUAAUGAGUACUGAGAAACAGGUGAGACUGGGUGAAAGGAAAGACAAGGCUUCAGGUUCCACGCUUGGUGCUACUUCACAAUGUCAGAAAUGUUUCCAGACAGGGCACUGGACUUAUGAGUGCAAGAAUGAGAGGGUGUAUAUAUCACGACCAUCUCGUACGCAGCAACUGAAAAAUCCAAAGUUGAGGAUGAAAGUAUCAAUAUCUUAUGAUCUAGAAAACCCAGAUAUUGAGAAGGAGAUGAAGAGUGAAAAAUCUGUGAAGAAGAGUAAGAGGAAGCAUAAGUCAGAUACAGAGUCAGGAAGUGAUAGUGAGGCUUCAGUGUUCGAAUCUGACAGUGAGGCAUCAUCAGUCACAGGGUCAGAUUAUUCUUCUGGGAGUGACUCAAGCUAUAGUUCAACUGAUUCAGAGGAAGAUAAGAGGAGGAAGAGGAAGAAAAAGAAGCAGCAGAAGAAGAAGAAGAGAAGACACCGGAAAUACAGCUCAACAUCUGAAUCCUCUGAUUCAUACUCAGAUUCUGAGUCUGAUGCUGAAGAGCGGACUAGCCGUAAGAAGAGCAGCAAGAGGCAUAGCAGAAAGCGGUGAAGCAUUGAACAAAAUGACAACUCCAUAUGUGGUAUCGGGUGCUUAAAACUUGAAAAUAUUCAUGUUUCUGUUCUAAUGUGAUAAAAGAUAAUUUUUGAGCAAUGCAUCUAGAUAACUAGGAUUUUCAUGUCUCGAGCGGAUAUGGUUUUGUAGAUUUCUGUCAUAAGCUUAUCUUGUGGCUGUAGAAUUCAGUGUGGCAAUAGUUGUCUCUUGUGUUAGUUUUUUCCGUGUCCUAGCUUACUCAUUUUCCAGCUCUUAUGUUACUGUAUUUCCCUUGCUUGCUUGAAAUUGUCUUACUCAUUUUGCUUUCA